ACCCCAACAUAAGCAAUGGUCGGAAAUGUUGUUGAACUACAUUUCCCACAUACGAUCGACAUUAAAGUGACGGGACCUCUGGGAUAUGACGUUUUUUUUAAACAUUCUACCUAGCGAAACAUGCUGGACCUGGGUUGGGCAAAUAAACCUUUAUGUUUUGUGAAAUAUAAGUUUCUGCGACUUUAGAUGUCGCCAUUCUGAACUUUGAAGGAUCUCGUUCUUCUGUCGUUAAAUUACUUGGUUGUCCGAUUUUUUAUUAUGGGAUUCACGUUUAAGUAGAUGGUGAAUCAGAAGCAUGCUAACUAGCUGAAGCUACCUGGACCUUCUACAAUUUACUUUUAUAAGUUAGUAUCAUGUUGCCUGAAUUAUUGCAAGGCACUGAUGCUGGAGGGUUUCUAAUAAUACAAGAUUCUGCUAGUUAUUCUGGUCGACACCUGCUGAAGAGCUUCAUCAAUGCUGCAUUGAACAGGGAGGAAGCUGUCCAUGUCCUUGGCUUUGAAGUCAGUGAGGAAGAGCUGACAGAUGGACUGAAAGGAUCACCAAUUAAGAGGUUACACUUUCACAAUGCUUAUACAGACCCCCUUGGCUGGGAAGAUCACCCAGCUUUCACAGUUCACCAGUUCUGUUUGGAGGAACUUACACAUCUGAUGAAGCAAACAUCACACCCUAAACCAGCUACCUUAGUGAUCGACUCCCUUUCAUGGAUUUUGAGACACCUCAGACCUCCUGCUGUCUGCAAGACUCUUCAGCAACUUAGAAAAGGGGGAGCUGUGAGAGCUAUAAUCGGCCUGCUCCAUGCAGAUAUGCAUCAGAGGGGGACUGUGGGAAGUCUAUGCCACUUGGCUACUUCGGUCAUCACUGUAGUGCCUGGGAUGAAGGGAGACGAAGCAGUGGCAAAGAUAACAAAGCGCUCAAAAUCGGGGAAAGUUAUGCAAGAUGAGGAGAUUUUCAGCAUCAAAGAGGAUCUUACAGUCAUAGUACAGGGCAAGCCCAGCCAACUUGGACCAAAACAGACUGACCCUGAGGAACAGGAGACGGACCCAACAGCCAACUUGACCUUCAACCUUCGACUAUCUGAUACAGAGCGCAAGGCCAAGGAGAGACUUGCACUUCCCUUUGUCUUCAGCAAAGAGAAGAAAACAGCACUGCUCCACUCAGGCCCAGGUUCAGGACGAAUUCUGUAUGAGCCUGAUGCCAACGAUGACUAUGACCAGGAGGACCCUGAUGAUGAUCUUGAUGUGUAGGGUUAAGACAUAAAACCCACUGAAGGCUCGGAAGAUCCAGGUUUUGUUUCCUCCUUGCCAUUCAAGACACUGAGUCGUUUUCAGUAGUGCAAAUUCAAAGCCAUGCCACCAAUUCAUGGAGCUUUGAAGACAAUAUUUCUGUAAAAAAAUCUGUAUUAUGUUUAUUAAAUGGUUGUAUCCAA